AUGUCGUUCGGGGAUGGAAGAGAAGAGGGCCAAUGUGCGAUGAGGGGCUCGUGUGGGACCAAAGGCUGGUUUGGCAAACCUCUUCCUUGUCCGUACGAUGGUCCUCCGGUAGAACCUGAAGAAGAAUCGGAUACUGCUCGGGCACUUCUCGUCUCGGUCUGUGGCGCUGAAUUCGCCCAAGGACCCGCUUGUUGCACAUCCAACCAAGUAGAAACCUUACGGGACAAUCUCAACCAGGCAGAGAAUAUCAUAGCAUCAUGUCCCGCUUGCCGCAAUAACUUUCGCUCAUUCUAUUGCUCUUUCACAUGUUCUCCUUAUCAAGCUUCGUUUCUGAACGUGACAGCUACGCAACAGUCUGGCACUGGCGAGACUGCUGUAAAGUCUGUAGACUUCUUUGUCGGAGAGCAAUUUGCAUCUGGCUUUUUCAACAGCUGCAAGGAUGUACAGGUCGGCGCUACGAACGGUUAUGCGAUGGAUCUAAUUGGAGGAGGAGCAACGAAUUAUUCCGCCUUUCUCAAAUUCAUGGGAGAUGAGAAAGCGCUUGGGAGCCCCUUCCAAAUCAACUAUCCAACUAGCAACCCUCCGGAGUUCAGCACGCUAAAUCCACUCCCAAGGAGUUGCGUAGACAAUGAUUUGUCUAGUCGUUGCACUUGCAUUGACUGUCCUGACGUUUGUUUACCCUAUGUCCCUCCCCCUAAUGAAUCGACCUGCCAAGUUGGAGGUCUCACGUGCCUUUCACUCGCUUUGAUUAUCGGCUACUCUCUGGCCGUCGUCGCCUUUCUGCUUGGAUACGUCCUACAACUCGCCAUACGCAAGCGCAGGGAAAAGAGGUAUGAGCGGAUGGUCUUAUCUGCCGAUACCGCGUCGAUCCUGUCACCAAGGUCCCACCCUCGUGGCCUUGUAGGUGCCGUAUCUCUUUCGCACGCAGACGGGGACGAUUCAUUGGGCGCUCAAUCCUCGGAUUCUCGACGCCUUGGACGAGGUGUUUCUCUAUUAGACCCUAUAGAAACGGUACAGCCCCGUCAAUAUCGUUUGAACAACGUCCUCAGGCGUUGCUUCUACCGGAUGGGUCUCACAGCAGCCUCAUAUCCUUCUUUAACAUUCGCCGUGGUGUUCCUCGUGGUCGGACUUCUCAAUCUUGGCUGGAAGAACUUCGAAAUUGAGACUGAUCCGGUGAGAUUAUGGGUUGCACCAGAUUCGGAGAGCAAGUUGCAAAAAGAAUUCUUCGACGAGAAUUUCGGUCCUUUCUAUCGUCCUCAACAGAUUUUCGUCACCGCUAUUCCGGGAAGUGUUCAUGAAGCUGAUUCGAAUUCCUCUCUUAUUUCUAUCAACCACCCCCCAGUACUUUCAUGGGAUCGUUUGCAGUAUUGGUUUGAAGUGGAACAAGAUAUCCGCUCCCUUCGUUCCGAGCCCAACGGUUAUCAACUAUCUGAUGUGUGCUUUAAACCUGCCGGCCCGCAAGGAGCCUGUGUCGUACAAUCUGUUGCUGCAUGGUUUGGUAAUGACCUUGAUGACUAUGAUGAAGAUACCUGGGCAGAUCAUCUCACGCAAUGCGCACGUUCUCCAGUAGACUGCUUACCAGAUUUCCAACAGCCAUUGGCUCCUCAGUACGUGCUAGGAGGUGUCCCUGAAGCUGACUCAGGUGUCAAGUCUUAUCUCGAUGCAAAGGCUUUGGUUGUUACAUACGUGGUUUCUAACUCCUUGGACGAAGUUGAAGUAGCGAAAGCAAAGGAAUGGGAGCAAACACUCAAGGAAUAUCUUCUCGCUUUGAACGACCGAAUUACAUUGGAGACCGGCAUGCAAAUAGCUUUUUCAACGGGUGUUUCGCUCGAAGAAGAAAUCGGCAAGAGCACAAAUACUGACAUCAAGAUUGUGGUACUAUCAUAUCUUGCUAUGUUCUUUUAUGUCUCUUUUACACUGGGCAGUGGCUCUAUCGUAAGAGAAGAAGGUGUCUUCGCCUCGUUAUCGCAAUGGGCUCGCAAUUUCCCUGGGCUCUUUAGAAGGUCUCACAUGAUGUCUUCAUCGAUAUCCGUCGACUCGCGUACCAUACCUCGCAUUUUCCCUAGGUUACCUCGGAAUCUCUUCGUGCACUCCAAAUUUACCCUGGGUCUUUUCGGCAUCGCUCUCGUAAUACUCUCUGUGGCGUCAUCUGUGGGGCUUUUUUCAUUGCUCAGUGUCAAGACCACUCUUAUCAUCGCUGAGGUCAUCCCUUUCCUCGUACUUGCGGUGGGAGUUGAUAACGUCUUCAUUCUCGUUCAUGAACUCGAUCGUCAAAAUCUUCUACAUGGGCCCAAUGCUUCUACUGCCUCUCAAGGCAUUGGAUUCCCAACACCCAGAUCACCUAGUCAAUCCCAUAGAUCUCCUUUUGAGUCGACACACGAUGACUCGGUUGACACUGCAUCAGUCCCCUUGUAUCUGUCAGCAGAAGAACGUAUUGCCAGAACCCUGGCUAAGAUGGGUCCCUCAAUUCUACUUAGCUCAAUAACUGAAACAGUGGCUUUCUCGCUGGGUGCACUGGUCCCCAUGCCAGCUGUUCGCAACUUCGCGCUUUAUGCUGCGGGUAGUGUCUUAUUGAACGCUAUAAUGCAAGUCACUGUUUUCGUCAGUGCGAUGGCUAUUGACCUGAAGCGCGUCGAAGCGAGCCGUGUUGACUGCUUCCCAUGUGUAAGACUUCCCUCUCGUAUCGCUCUAUUGGAUGCUCCUCCUAGCGGAAGUGGCCUUGGUAGCAUGGCACGAUUUAUUAGGCGCCAUUACGCCCCCUUCUUACUGCAGCCUGUCGUCAAGAGCAUUGUUCUGCUGACAUUUGCUGGAACUUUUGUUCUUUCAGUGAUAUCCAUGCAACAUAUUGAACUAGGUCUCGACCAGAGAUUGGCAUUACCCUCGGAAUCAUACCUUAUAUCUUAUUUCAACGACCUUGAUGUCUAUCUGGACGUAGGACCUCCAGUAUACUUCGUUGCACACGAUAUAGAUGUCACCCAGAGAGCUGGUCAACAGGAGCUAUGUGGACGUUUCACUACAUGUGACGAUUUCUCAAUAGCUAAUGCGCUAGAAGCCAAACGCAAAAGGCCAGAGUUAUCGCUCAUAUCUCAGCCAACUGCAUCUUGGAUCGACGACUUUAUGAACUGGCUUGACCCUGCAAAAGAAACGUGCUGCCGUGUGCGCAAGAGGAAUCCAUCAGUGUUCUGUUCAGAGAGGGACUCUGAGCGGCUUUGCCAGCCAUGUUACCUUGGCAAAGAGCCUGCUUGGAACAUUACGAUGAGCGGUUUACCUGAAAACGAGGAGUUCAUGCGGUACUUGAAGCAAUGGUUGAUCUCGCCUACUACCGAAGACUGUCCAUUGGCAGGUAAAGCUUCUUUCGGGACUGCACUAUCCUUGGACCCAGAAGGCACUACAGUGAUGGCAUCCCACUUCCGCACCUCACACACACCUCUCCGAUCCCAAGCAGAUUUUAUAAAUUCCUUCUCCGCUGCUCAUAAAAUAGCAGAUGAAAUAUCAGAACGUACAGGGUCAAACGUCUUCCCCUAUUCAUUGCAUUACGUAUUUUUCGAUCAGUACGCGCACAUCAUCGCCAUCACCCAGGAAGUUCUCGGUCUUGGCCUCGCUUCAGUUUUAAUAGUAACUGCCCUCUUCCUUGGUUCGUGGAGGACUGGUACCAUUGUCACCGGAGUCGUCGGUUUGACCGUUAUUACCGUCAUGGGUGUUAUGGCUGUCUGGGGGAUUAGCCUUAAUGCCAUCAGUCUUGUUAAUCUCGUAAUAUCGCUGGGCAUUGCUGUUGAGUUUUGUGCACAUGUGGCACGGGCAUUCAUGAGUGCUGGUUCUGGGCUUCCGGUAGAUCAUCCAGCUGGCCAGAAAGAGCGCGAUGAACGGAUGUGGACCGCUUUGGUGGAUGUUGGCCCAUCGGUUCUGUCAGGCAUUACCUUUACUAAGCUGAUUGGCAUGUCGGUUCUUGCCCUCACUCGAUCUCGAUUGUUAGAGAUUUACUACUUCCGCAUGUGGUUGACCUUAAUCAUAUCGGGAGCGUUACACGGACUGGUCCUACUCCCUGUCAUUCUUAGUAUCGCAGGAGGAACAGGAUUCCCACAACAGGAAGCCGAUGAGGAGUGGAUGUCUAAUGCCAUCAGGAAUGAUUUCGAAUACGCGUGA